AUGGAGAGGUCGUUGGAACCGUUUCGCGGAGUUUUCACCCAGCAGGAAGCCAUACCGGACGAUGCGAUCGCAGCGGCCGUCGAUGUGAUGCGUACCGGACGCUUGCAUCGCUACAACACAGUCGGUGACGAAUUGGGGGCCGCUUCCGAACUGGAACGUGCCUUUGCGGACUAUCAGGGCACCCGGUUCUGUCUGGCCUGCGCCUCGGGCGGCUACGCGAUGUCGAUCGCCCUGCGCGCCGCCGGGGUAGAGCCCGGCGACACGGUUCUGACCAACAGCUUUACUCUCGCCCCUGUACCGGGCGCGAUUGCGAGUGUCGGAGCGCGUCCGGCGUUUGUUGAAAUCACCGAAGACCUUGUCCUUGAUCCUGAUGACCUGAAGACAAAAAUCAGCGAGACCGGUGCAAAGGUGCUGCUGCUGUCCAGCAUGCGCGGACAUUUGUGCGACAUGGAAGCGCUUGUUGCGCUUCUUGCGGACAACGACGUGCUCCUUGUCGAGGACUGUGCGCAUACGAUGGGUGCCAGCUGGAAUGGCCGGGCGAGCGGCAGUUUCGGCCUUGCCGGAUGUUUUUCAACACAGACCUACAAGCACCUGAACUCGGGAGAAGGCGGAUUGCUGACCUCCGACGAUCCGCAGUUCAUGGCGCGCGCAAUCAUGCUUUCCGGAUCCUAUAUGCUAUACAGGCGCCACGGUGCGGCCCCUCCCGAGACAACAUUCGAGGAUAUCCGGCUGGAAACACCCAACAUGUCCGGACGAAUGGACAAUCUUCGCGCCGCGAUCCUGCUGCCGCAACUUCAGACAUUGGACAAAAAUGUCCAGCGCUGGAAUGAAAGAUACGACCUCAUCGCCGAUGGACUGUCGGAAGUCCCGGCGAUCAAGCUGCCUCGCCGCCCCGAUCCGGAGCACUAUGUCGGCAGCUCUAUACAGUUUCGCCUUCCCACGCUCGACCCGGAAAAGAUGCUCCGAUUUGUUGAACUCAACAAGGAGAUGGGCGUUGAGCUGAAAUGGUUCGGAGACAACACUCCGGUCGCCUUCACAUCCAAUCAUCACAGCUGGAAAUACACAGACCCGCAAGAGCUCCCAAAAACGGACCAUAUUCUUGCAAGUUUGUUCGACAUGCGUAUACCGCUGAGCUUCACCCUUGGCGAUUGUGCGCAUAUCGCACGCAUCAUCGGACACAACGCCAGCCGGUGUACUUCGGAGGAAAAUCUGAGAUAA